AGAAGAUGAAGCGGCGUGCACUAGAGGGACACGAGAAGGUUCUCGGACCAGACCACCCCAAGACCAUAGCAAGCCUCCACAACCUGGCUAAUGUGCUACAAUUCCAAGGAAAGUACAUUGAAUCAGAGACCAUGCAUCGGCGUGCACUGGAGGGACGCAAGAAG